AUGUCUGACCGGAUCUUCUAUAUUCACUCUAACUUGUCCUCUGUCCCCUGGGAGUGCAGCACAGCAGCAGCAGUGGCUCCCAUUUUUCCUCCUACACCUGGUCACUACCAUGUCCUCUACCAAGGAUAUGGCGAAACCCAGAUGGGCUGGCAUGGGGAGACAUACUGCCUGGUUGGUGGCUACCGGGUCUAUGGCGAUGCUCCUGUGGCCACCCCAGCAAAGAUGGAAGCAAAGAAGCCAGUCCCCAGCCGGACCCCCAAGAGACGCCGAGUCCUGGUAGAGGCAGACAAAGACUUAGGUUGUUCCAGCCCCAAAAUUCGGAAAUUGCAGCACGGUAUCAGGAGGCAGACCCCGCAGAAGCUUGCUGGCUAACACACUCUGUAGAGAGGGCAAACGUUUAGUUGCCUAAGACAGCUAAUGCCUCUUCCGGCAGUGAAUCCUGCUGUCCACCACUGGGCACAACCUGUGCUGUUCUGGCUGAGCCUUCCUCAGCUAGCAGCCUCCUUCCAUGCUAAACGACCACGGUCAAGGAGCCUCAGAAACUGAGGUUUGAAAGAGAGGGGGCUCUGAACAUCCCAGGACUGAAGCUGGCUUGGAAGAAAACCUGAUGUUCCUCUACUCAAUCCUCAGGAGUCCCUUCUUGGGCAGAAGAAAGAAAAGUCUGC